ACAUCUUUUGCCGUUAAAACCUAAAACCCUCACGACACAGAAUCCAGCCGUUCCUAAAACCCUUGCAAACCCUCUCCUUUUUCCUUUUGUCAGCGCAGUUUCCAUGGCUUUCACUUCGAUUCUCCGCAAAUCAGCCAACUUGUUGGUUCCACUCGCUAUUCGACUCACCCGAGCCCAGAGGAACUACCACUCUUGCAUCUUCGCAGCUAUGAACCAUAGCUUCCACUCCCAGCAAUCCAGUCUAAACCGUUUUUACCAAAAUAGCCUUCAUUUCUCAACAGCUGUUGAUUCAGGAAAAACCUCUGCUGAUCAGUCUCUGCUUCGAGUUCUUGAAUCUGAGAUUCAGUGUGCUGAGGAGAGUGAUGAAUAUGAUCAGGUUGAAGAGACUCCAAGUGGAUUCCCUUUCGAAAUCGAAGACACUCCUGGGCUUCAAACUAUAACAUUGACAAGAGAAUAUGAUGGUGAGUUAAUAAAGGUUGAUAUUCACAUGCCUGAUCUUGUUACAGGCGAUGAACAAGAACAGGGUGAAGACGAUGAUGAGGAUGACUAUGAAAAGCCUAGUAAAUCAAGUAUCCCAUUGGUUGUUACUGUCUCAAAGAGUGGUGGUCCUAGUUUGGAGUUCAAUUGUACUGCCUUCCCGGAUGAGAUUGCAAUCGACAGUUUGGCUGUUAGAAAUCCUAACUCCGAGGACGAACUUGCCUAUGAAGGCCCUGAUUUCCAUGAUUUGGAUGAGAACCUGCAGAAGGCUUUCCACAAGUACUUGGAGAUCAGAGGAAUCAAGCCGAGCACUACCAAUUACUUGCAUGAGUACAUGAUCAACAAGGAUAGUAGAGAGUACCUUAGGUGGUUGAAGAACCUCAAGAAGUUCAUGGAAGAAUGAAGGAUUUAUAGCAUCAUACAAUAGUUUAUGAACAAGGACAUGAGCUAAUAGCAUUCUCUUUCGAGUAGGAAACAAGCAUUGUUGCAAGUUAUUGCAUGAACUAAAUAACAAAUGCACAAUUUUAUUGAGGUGAAAAGUUCUUUCGAAUUUGUUGAAGUUGAAUGUUACAUGUUUGGAAUUAAGUUCGGAUCAUAUAUUGCUCUACUUGAAGAAUAUUUUGUCUCUUGUUUGAACCA